AUGAAGUCCCUUAUACUGAUAAGCCUAUUGGUCGUAGCUGCAUCGGAGCCAAUUAAAAUAACAACCCUAUAUAAAUAUCAUGAGACAAUUGGCAUCCCUGCUGCAGCCAGGAUCAAGCAAGCUGAAGAAGCUCUAGAUUUUGACGGCUCCAGGAUAAUAGGUGGAAACCCUUCAAACUUGGGGAAUAAUCCGCAUUUGGGCGGUCUUGUGAUCCUUUUAACGGAUGGCAGAACCUCAGCAUGUGGGUCUUCCCUCUUGUCAAAUACGAAAGCGGUGACGGCAGCUCACUGCUGGACGGACGGAAACGUCCAAGCCCGCCAGUUCACCGUAGUCUUGGGCACAGUGCGCCUCUUCUCUGGUGGAGUACGUGUCACCACUACCAAUGUCGUGAUGCAUCCCCAGUGGAAUCCAAGUACAACAUUUGGUGAUGUCGCCAUGAUCACUAUGAGCCAUGUCAAUUAUAAUAACUACAUCCAACCUAUAGCUUUGGCUUCUGGAAGCAACAACUACGUUGGAUCCUGGGCGGUUGCUGCUGGGUAUGGCACAACUUCAGAUCGUGAAACGACUGUGCCCCAAGACACUAUCCAGAGGGAAGUAAACCUGAGGGUGAUCUCGAAUUCUGAAUGUCAGAGAACUUUCUGGAUGGUGUCCAACUCUCACCUUUGUGUCGCGACUCAAAGUGGCAGUACUUGUCGUGGGGAUUCUGGUGGUCCUCUUGCUUUUGGGACAGGAAAUGGACGGGUUCUGAUCGGAAUCACUUCAUUUGGCCAUAUUCUGGGAUGUCAGCGAGGUUUUCCAGUAGUAUUCAGCAGGGUUACUACCUUCAACUCCUGGAUUCGUGGCCGUUUGUAA